AUGUCCACCCUCCCCGUACGCAACAAAGAAGAUGAUCAAAUAACUUCAUUCGCCCUUGGUCUUUUCGCCUUACCGGCGGAGCUACAAACGAGGAUUUUUCUAUAUUUAUCACCCGACGACCUGGGAGUAUUGUCUAGAUGCGUGGAAGACCUCGCUGGUGUAGAGGAAGAUGAGUAUUUACGAAGAGUAUGGUUUAAGAAGACCGCACCGUCUUUACUCGACUUUAAACUUUUCUCACCACUCAAUUGUCGACCUGAUCCAGCGGAAUUGAUAAGAAGAGGGACGUUAAGAGGUGUAGCUAUCAUAUCAGGGGUGAGGAGUCAUGGAUAUUGGGCUUCUGAAUCGGCCGUCCGAUUAUCCCGUAUACACGCAACACUUCAUCUAGCUCAUCUCCGACGUUCUCUUGCAGCAGCAUUAUCACCACUCACUAGACCAGAUCGUACUUCACUUCACGCUCAACGUAUCCUCCCAUCUUCCUCUCGUCGAACUAGCGCCAGUAUCUCCGCCAUGGCUUACCGACUAGAACGUCAGAUAGCAAAAGAUCAAGUCCGUCGUGCGCUCCUUGGAAGGAAAGUGGGAAGGACAUUGGUGGAAGUUAUGGAGAUGAGUCAUGGGGUUUGGCAAGAGGGUGAAAGAGUGAGAGAAGCUAUUUGUCCUAGUAUAAGAGGGAAGAGAGUGUUUUUUGAAGGGUUGGCUCGUGGUCAAAUAUCAGGAGUUGUUUGA